AUGUCAGACCACAUACCUUUCCAUAUUCAAGAGGAAAUCAUGAAAAGGCUUCUCGUGAAAUCAUUGGUUCAGUUCAGAAGUGUGUCCAAAACAUGGAAGUCAUUGAUAGACAGCUCUGAUUUUAUUGCUGCUCACAGCCUCCACUGCCACACUCAGCCGCAUCAUCUUCUUGUGUCGUAUGAAUAUCAGCCAAUAGAUGAAGACUACGUCCUCUUCUCCAAAUGUUAUAUUGAUGAUGAUAAUUUCCCCCAACCGAUGUCUGUUCCAACUCUUCCUCAAUCCAUUAAACAACUUUUUCUUCCGAGAGUAAUUGGUAGUUCUCGUGGCUUGUUGUGCUUGUAUGGCUCUGAUCCCGACUCGAAAGCUGGGAUGGCCGUAAUUUGGAAUCCUUCGAUUAGAAAAUCAAUUGUUGUUGCCGAUGUGCCUCGUGAACCGUUUUUCGUUGAUGUGCUUGGCGAACCAUCUUUUGGUUUUGGGGUAUGUCCAGUCACUAGUGACCCUAAGAUCGUGGUGAUUACACAAUUUUGUGAAUAUAUGGUUUACACGUUGAGCUCCGGGAAAUGGACAAGUCUAUCCAAGAAUCUGCCCACUAUACGGAUUGGACUUUCAUUUAGCGCGGUAGUUACUGGUGGGUUUCUAUAUUGGAGUGCCAGGUCAGAGGAUCAUAAGCUGAUUACGUCAUUUGAUGUGACUAAUGAGAGUUUUGAAGUGAUAGACCACCCAGAUAGUAUAGCUCACUAUUGUCUUUCUAAGCUUGGGGAGUCUCUUGCUCUCCUUCAGUACGGUGAAGCCUACAACUUCUCUACUGUGUGGAUAAUGGAGCAUCAUGGGUCUCAAAGAUCGUUUACAAAGCUGUUCACCAUAAAGACGCCACACGAGUCGAUAGUGGGAUUUAGCAAAAAUGGCAUACCUAUAAUGCAAGUGACGGAUGAUGAUGAUGAACAUCUGCCUAAACUUGUUGUUUAUGAGCCCCACUCGGAACACAACAAUGUCCUUGAGAUUUGUCCACCAGUUAAUUUUUACUUUGUGGAUUCCUACAUGGAAACACUAUUUCUGCUUGGUUGGUCUGACUGUAGCAGUUAUUGA